AUGGGAAACAAUACAAGAGUGACAGUGUUUAUCCUAGCUGGUCUGACUGAUGACCCACAAAUGAAAGUUAUAUUAUUCAUCUUCCUGCUUCUCACCUACUUGCUAAGCAUCACUGGCAACCUCGUCAUCAUUACACUCACCCUGGUGGACAUUCACCUCAAGACACCCAUGUACUUUUUCCUUAGGAAUUUUUCCUUCUUAGAAGUUUCCUAUACUACUGCCUGCAUCCCUAAGUUGCUGGUUACUAUGGCAACUGGGGACAAAACCAUUUCCUAUAAUUGUUGUGUAACUCAAGUGUUUUUUGUCUUUCUCCUUGGAGCAUCUGAAUUUUACUUGCUGGCUGCCAUGUCCUAUGACCGCUACGUGGCCAUCUGUAAGCCCCUGCACUAUACCACCAUCAUGAGCAAUAAAAUCUGCACAAUGCUUGUGUUCUGUUCUUGGCUGUCUGGAUUCUUCACCAUCUUUGUACCUCUACUUUUAGGCUUACAACUUGAUUUCUGUGCCACUAACAUUAUUGAUCAUUUCUACUGUGACACAACUCCUCUCAUGCAGAUUUCCUGCUCGGACACACAUCUGAUAGAGACAGUGGGGUUUAUUUCUGCUGCAGUGACACUCUUGGUCACGUUGGUCAUGAUGAUAAUAUCAUAUACCUAUAUUGCAUUAACAAUUCUAAAGUUUCCUUCCGCUAGUCAAAAGAAAAAAGCUUUUUCAACAUGUUCUUCUCACAUGAUUGUUAUAUCUCUCUCAUAUGGCAGCUGCAUCUUCAUGUAUGUGAAACCAUCAGUCAAACAAAGAAUAUCUUUUUCCAAGGGAGUUGCAGUGCUCAAUACCUCUGUUGCUCCACUUUUGAAUCCUUUCAUCUACACCUUACGGAACCAACAAGUGAAAACAGCCUUUGUGAAUAUGAUACAGAAGUUGGGCUCUUUCUCAAAAAGAUGA